ACUCUAACAUUUUUCAGUGGUCAUGUGGUUUUGGUCAUGUGGAGCAAGUAUUCCACAUUAUUAUUCUACAUGAUAAAAAUUAUCAGUAUCAUUCAAACUCUAUGUCCACUCCACGAAACACUUGAAGGAAGGUAGUUAUAUACUGUAUAGAUCUAGACAAUGAAUGUUUCACUACUUCUAACUGCCCUCCUGUGUGCACUGUCAGUGGAGCUCUCCUGGGGUGACCCUGACAAGAUCAAGAUUGACCCAAAGACACGACUCUACGUGAGCAGAGAGGAUGGGCGAGUGAGGGUCUUCCACGGACUGUCUCUGGAGAAUAACGGCUCUCCAAAUGUGCUCGCCAACUACACUGACGAACAGAUGGCAAUGUUGAAAGUGUGGGGACUCAAUGUUGUCAGGUUCGGUUUCCACUGGCACCGCGCAGAGCCCACCCCUGGUAACUACGACAUGACCUAUGUAGACGCUGUUGCUGACCUUAUUGCUCGUCUGAAUGAACACGAUAUCCAUGUCAUACUUGACAUGCAUCAAGACUGUUGGAGCCCACUGUUCUGCAACGCUCAUGGUAUCCCAUCUGCUUAUUCCCAUGGAUACUCAAGUGAGUACGAUCCUAAAGGAAAAAAGGCCUAUCCAUUACCCAUCGUUACACCAACUUAUAAUAACGAUACUCAACUGACAAAUUGUGACGAAGUGAAUCAGAAAAUAUUUGGAUGGUCUAGUUGCUAUGUUACAUAUGGUGUGGGUGCUGCUGCUCAAAGGCUGUACGAUAAUGACGAGGGGAUUUUGGAUCGUUUUGGUGAAUUUUGGAAGUUAAUUGUCAGUAAAGUUAAAGACUACCCGAACGUUCUUGGCUAUGAACUAAUCAAUGAGCCGUGGUUGGGCGACGUGCCACUAAACUUUGAGGAAUUUGUUCCAACAAACCCACACUGGAAUUUGUGGUUCCCUCACGAAUCUGACAAAAAUAAUCUGGAGAAAAUGUAUACUAAACUGCACGAGUACAUUCGAUCACUUGACAAUGAUUCGAUCAUUUUCUUCGAGCCUGCUACUGGAGGAAACUUCCUCGAUGCAUGGCCGGUUGGGUUCACUGAGGGACCAGGUGGACCAGAGUAUAACGAUCGACAGGUCCUCGCCUACCACGUCUACUGUCUCUUUGUCGAUUCAAAGCAGCCACACACCUUUCUCAACUACAUCGUCUCAUUGCUCUCCAAAGACGGGUGUGACCUACUCACUGACUCUAUGUACGAUGUUCGCGACUCUGAUACGAAGAAACUAGGACUGGGUGGAUUUAUGACAGAGUUUGGAGAUACUGGUCAAGGAGUGACUCCUGAUCUUAUUCAUCACGCCACAAAUAAAAUGGAUGAGUUUAUGCAUGGCUGGACUUUUUGGUAUCUCACUCCUGAUCCUAAGGUGAACAACUCCACAGUAAUUUCCUUGUUAGCAAGACCAUUCCCUCACAAGAUUGCUGGGACUCCCUCCAAGUAUAGCUUUGAUCCAGACAAAAAAGUGUUCCAACUCACCUACAUGCCGUGUACUGAGGAGCCUUGUGUUAGCAAGCCAACAGAGAUCUUCACUGCCAAAAAUUAUGCAUUCUCGUAUGGAAUGAAAGUGGACAUUUUGAGCGAGAACACAGUGACUCACAGCCUGGAUGAAGACACACAGAUGCUCUAUGUGAACGUGAUCAAGGUCGUGCCUGAAAAACCAGUUCAAGUCACCUUGUCUGUAAAUUGAUAUAAUUAUAGUUGGCUCUAUAUUAUUCAUAGGGAUGUAUCAUAAUUAUAUAAUUUCAGCAUCUUUAGUAGUUGGUUGUAGAUCGAUGCAGCUAGCUUCUUUUUAUUGUCACUAUUGUCACUAUUUAUUUAUAUAAUUAUCGUGAUAGUAAUGUUUCAUACGAGAA